AUGUUGAUCUCUUGGACGAAAGGGUCAUGGGUGAAUGUCGAUUACAGAAAACGACACCGCCUAGGAGGAACAUCACUAUAUUUUGGUUGCUUUGGGGCAAAUGAAGUUCGAGGUCCCGACGUGAUUCUCAAAGUAAUGAAAUUUUCUCUUGUUUUCAUUGCCCGGAAAUGUCAGUUGGCUAGAGUAGGAUGGUUCGAUGAUGUCAACGGUAAAUCCUCCAGGAGCCAUCGGCAAAAGCCAGACAAUUCCAGGCAAUACUACCCUUCAUGGGAAACUAUUCCAGUAAGUUUACUACUUGUAUCACAUUCGAGUCGCUCCAAAGAGAUGUGCCAAUCGCAUGGUUCUGCUUCAUCUGAUGAUGAGUAUCGUUCUUCACGGAAUAUAGCAAUCAGCUUGUUUAAGCGAUACAGAAAUGUCAUUGACCGUGGAGGAGGUGACAACCUAAAAGAGUUCAUUAGUGCUGGGGUGAAUGCAUAUGCAUUGGGCUGCACAGAUAAAGGAUUGCGGAAAGAAUUUAAUGCUAUGAAGGAAUCUGGCAUCGAAAUUGAAGCAAUGCAAAGUUAUGGCGGAAGCACCAGUUUGAAAUCCAAGAUUUGUGUCGAGGAGGUUGACGAGUGUAUUUUAUGGCUGAGCAUUCUAUUCAUCAGCAUUUUGUGUACACCACAGCCAACUAUAGUUAGAUGGUCAUCUACACCUCCAGUGUCAGAUGAUGUCCUGCAUCAGUGGAAAGGCUUCUGUGCUCUUAUAUCAAAUGCAUAUUAUAUAAGAGGAAUGGCAUGGCUUCCAGUAAAAACUCUCCAGCCAGAGCAAAUGGCUGUGGUUGGACGUGCUGAGGAGCCAUCAGUUGUGGCUAGCCGAAUGCGCUUAGUUUUAAGCACGCAUGAGAGUAAGUUUUUAUCAAUGAUUAUGGACCCUAAGUUCAACCAACUUGUUAUAUUGUGA